AUGGCCAGCGAUGGUCCCAUAGGAGAGAUUUUCAUCCAAGAGCGCGUCUUGGAUGAGAUUUGUACCAACUACGAGACGACGCCAGCCCGAAAGCUCAGCAGAGCUCGGGCAAUUGGGCUGAUCGCAACCUGCGCGACGGCUACAAUACUCAAUUCCGCCAACAAUACUGCGGUCGCCAUCUCAUUGCCGACACUGGGCAAGGAUCUUGGCAUACCUGAAUACAGAUUGCAGUGGGCUAUCUCAGCCUACGCGCUCACCUCUGGAGGCCUCCUGCUAUUCUUCGGUCGUCUCGCUGAUCUCUACGGCAGAAAGCUGAGCUUCCUAGCCGGAUCUAUCAUCCUCGCUGUCUUCUGCCUGGGAUGUGCAUUUGCGAAGGAUGAGAUUACUAUUGACAUCCUGCGGGGGCUUCAGGGCAUGGGUGCGGCCGCGUGCAUUCCUGCUGGGCUCGGCAUCCUUGCGCACACGUUUCCGCCGUCUAGGAUACGCUCCAUAGCAUUCGCCACCUUCGCUGCAGGCGCUCCUAUUGGUGCUGCCAUUGGAAGCGCGGUCGGGGGCCUGCUGACGCAACUGACCGAGCAGACCUGGCGCUCGACAUUCUACUUCCUCGCUGUAAUGAGUGCACUAUGCUUUGUUGGAGGACUGGUAUGCUUUGAUAAGGACUUGCCGUCGUCUGAAGAGGAUAGGCGAGUAGAUUGGCUUGGUGCAUUUCUUGUCACCGCAGGCUUGGUACUGGUCGUAUUCGCGCUCAGCGACGGCAGCGUGGCGCCGAAUGGUUGGAAAACAGGAUACAUUAUUGCUUUGCUGAUAAUCGGGGUCCUGUUCCUCAUACUUUACGUCCUCUGGGAGCGCUACCUCGAAACUGCACCACAGAGAGGGGACAAGACCUGGUGGACGCCCCCGCCGCUCAUGAAGGUGUCGCUUUGGGCGCGCGCGCAUGGUAUGCUUGCCGUGAUAUUUGUCGUCGCGUUCCUGGAGUACGGCAGUUUCAUCAUCUUCAACUUCUGGAUCACUCUGUACUACCAGAACUACGUGGAGCUCACACCGGUGCUUACGAUGAUACGCCUGCUCCCGAUGUCAGCGACGGGGCUUGUUUGUAAUACGAUAGUCGCGCUCUUCGUGGGACGGAUACCUGUGGUCGCACUCAUUACCGUGGGUACGGCUCUGACCGCGACUGCAAAUCUUCUUUAUGGCGUCAUCAAUCCCGCCGCUCCAUACUGGGCAUUCGGCUUCCCCGCAGCGAUCGUUUCUGUGUUCGGCGCGGACUUCGUCUUUGCCUCCGGUACAUUAUUCGUCGCAAAGGUGUGUAUGUCGCACGAACAGAGCGUCGGCGGCGCUAUGUUUCAGACAAUGACACAGCUGGGUGCGGCUUUCGGCCUAGCGAUCACGACGAUCGUGUUCGAUUCAUCGCUAGCGAGUGCUUCGCGCCCAUAUGGCGUGGUCGUGAACCAGGACGGGACGAACGCUCCGCGGCCGGCGCAGCUGAUUGCGUACAAAGAUGCGCUGUGGUCGGGCUUUGCAUUUGGCAUUUUCGGCACGUUGUUGGCGGCGAUUUUCCUGAGGCGUGCGGGAAUUGUGGGUCACUCGGAGAGCGACGACAAGAAUGCGAUGGGUAGCGCGACAAUGAGUGGCACAACUUUCGAAAAUGAAAAGUCGAAGAGGACCGCUCCCGGAAGAAGGUAA